GCUUCUCCCCGCCUCCAUCCUUUCCCACAGACUGGCAGCCCCUGAGCCACAGCACAUCAUCGUCCACAAACGCCUGAUCUGCUGUAUCCUCCGGCGAGCACCUCUGUACUUCUGCACGUUCAAAUCAGACAAGCGUCUGUCAAAAACUCACGACUGAAUGAGACCGACAAUUUUUACAGAACAGUCUUUCAAAGAAAGACAUUUGGGGGGAAAUUGUCAAGCGUCUGCCCUUGUUGCCCUGGCAUAAGUGGAUUGAAAGGAGACGGGACAUCUGAGCUGAGAGGAAUCGCUUCUGUGCCGCGCAGUAGCGCGCAGAGAACAGAAGCUGCAGACGCGCUUAAAGAGCAAAGGGGAUCAGGACCGGGGGGGGGAUAUUUUACGCACAGCCCUGUUUUCCUUAUAUUGGUUGUUUUAAACAAAGUCGUUUGGUUGUCCGCUUGGAUUUUCUCAAAGCCACGCUAGUGAGCAGCAAUGGAUUUGUUCAUCCUAGCGCUUCUGGUGCUUUGCUCUCUCACAGUGCCAACCUUUGGGGACAAAGGCUCCAGCAAAGCCCGGACCUGUUCGGACAUUCAGCAGUUUUACGGCGCAAAGGGAUUCAAACAGAAUGUUGUCCCCCAGUUUGAAAUAUCAGGGGAGCACCUGCGCAUUUGUCCUCAGGGUUACACUUGCUGCACCAGCGAGAUGGAGGGAGAGCUUGCUACGCUUACCCGCAGGGAAACGGAGGGACUUCUCAGAGAAUUUAAACGACCCUUACAGAGCUCGCUUUUGCACAGUUACAGAACCUUUGAUGGCUACAUGGUAGAUUUGAUGAACAGGUCCAUGAUCAUCCUUGAGGAUACUUUCAUUUCAACAUGGGGUAUCCUGUACGCCAGGAAUUCCAUGCUCUUUCAGGAACUCUACCAAGAUUUGAGAGACUACUACCAAAGUGGAAAUGUCAAUCUGGAAGAGGUGCUGACUGAAUUCUGGACCAAGCUGCUGGAGAAGGUCUUUUAUCAGGCAAAUAAGCUGAGUUCAGUAGGUGAGGACUACCAGGAGUGUGUGUCAAAGAAAAUAGAGACACUUCGACUUUUUGGAGAGGCACCACAUAAAAUGACAACACAGGUCACUCGUACUUUUGUGGCAGCGCGUGCAUUUCUUCAGGGCCUACAUAUAAGUCGAGAAGUGGUGGGCAAAGUGUUACAGGUACCACUAAACCCUAAGUGCUUCAAAGCCAUUAUGAGGAUGACUUACUGUCCACACUGUCGAGGUAUGCCCACCGCUAAGCCCUGUGCAAACUAUUGCACCAAUGUCAUGAAGGGCUGCUUUGCCAACCAGGCUGACCUCCACACAGAAUGGUCACAUCUAGCAGAUACAAUGAUUGAGGUGGGAGAGCAUCGCUUGGAUGAUAUGGAUAGCGUGAUUCUUUCCCUCCCAAAUCAAAUAUCAGAAGCCCUAUUUACCAUGGAGGAUAAUAUGGCAAGCAUCAACAGCAAGCUGUUCCAGGCAUGUGGCAGUCUCAGCAAAGGAGGAGCCACUGGCUCAGGAUUUGACGACAUCACAACCAGAAAAAGUGCUGUGACCGACAGUUUGGGAGGUAGCAACAACAAAUUGGCAAAUUCGGUGACUGACAUCAACAUAAAGCUGAGAGAAAUGCGACCAUAUUGGAUUUCUCUACCAAAGCUUCUUUGCAGUGACAGAGUUGCCAGUGGCACAGGGGCUGAGGACAAGUGUUGGAAUGGCAUGAGUCGUGCCAGGUAUCUGCCUGAGGUGAUUGGUGAUGGCCUAGCUAAUCAGAUCAACAACCCUGAAGUGGAAAUUGACAUCACAAAGCCAGACAUGAAAAUACGGCAGCAAAUAAUGCAGCUUAAGAUCAUGACCAACAAACUGAAGAAUGCGCUCAAUGGACGGGAUGUAGACUUUCAGGAUAACAGUGAUGAUGUGAGUGGAUCAGGAAGUGGCUUGUGUUCAGAUGAACUGUGCUCCCGGGGGCCACGCCUUAUUGUCCCAGUGACGGAAAGACCCAUGGUCUAUGCCUACCCACCAAGGAACAAGGAAGUGAGAAGUUCAGUGUCACAAAGCCUCCCUUCAAUCAGCAUCCUCUUGCUUCCACUGGUCAUCCUGCUGCUCCAACGAUAAUUGAUAUGAAACUCUUCUUACUGGGACUGAGUUUGGGACAUGGGGGACUGGAGAGUUUUAAAAUGGAUGGAGGAAAUGUUGGGGGUUGGCUACUUUCCCAUUAGUAAGCAAAUAAAAGAGAUCAUAACAAAGUCACUCAAUAGACUUUCUUUGGUUUUAAACACCACCCACUAGUAAUCAGCCGUGUUUCUGUUCUUCUCUUUAAUUUGCCCAUAUUCUACGCCACUGUUAGAGUUUGUCUUUUGCUAAUAUGUUUUUUUCUAGUGUUUAAGUUUCCUGAAAUAAUAUUUUCACCUUAGACAUUAAAGGCCUAUACUGCUAAUGGUACUAUAGAUUUUGACUUGAUGAGAAGAAGGGGAAAGGAGUGUUAUGGCAACCCCUUUUUGCACAUUUGAUCACCACUUAAAAUGUGUAGGUUUAAUUUAUUUUAUUUUAUAUUAGAAUUUAUUAGUAGGGAACUAAUUGAAAUAAUCAAAUCCUGUUUCCAAAAGCAAAUGACACAAACUAGAUAUUUAAAAAAUCUAUUUUUAGAAGGGAUAAUCUGAACGUCAUGACCCAUUAGACCUGUCAAUGCAUUAGGCUUUGCGGUGUUAUCACAUAUAAUCUCUCUCUGUGGGGGAUGUGAGCUCAUGCCAUCAGCACUCUCCAACAGUUUAUCUUUAAUCUGCAAUAAAACUUGUCACAAUAUUCACACAGACAAUUUUCUUCUACUGAGGGGAGCAAUGCAUCUUGUCUUCCAUUCCAUACACCCACCACUCCCCCUUGCUCCCACCACUUCACGUGUAGCAUUAACAUGAAGUCCAAUUUAAAACAAUGUGCUCACAUGACUGGAUAGCCUCAGCUGACACAGAGUGGGAAAGAGUAAUUAGUUUUACGCCAGCCCAUGUGAUAGCAGAAAUGUACGCAGAAGCAGAAACACAUAUUUCCUGCAGCACUUUGUUCAUAACUUUCCUGAUUUUCACAGCAGGUCAGUUAAAUAUGCAGAGAAUUUUAGUGCUACAGGGUUCGUAUGUAAGUGUAGCAAGGAUCAUGUUCACGAUCAAGGCAAACAAUGCACGUUUCUAGAAUAUAACAUUUUAAUGCAGUGUACAUAUUUUGAUUGCUUUUUUGCUUUCUUGGGGAAAGAAUCCAAUUUGCUCUCCCUCUUCUGUAUGUUUGCAUAAUCUGUUUGCCGUUUCUUUCCUUGCACGUUGCCACAAAAGUGCUGUUACCCAAUCCGUCGCCUCUCUACCACAUUUUUUUUGUUUUUGCUCAUCAGUUGUAAUUACCUGUAGAAGUUUGCUUAAUGAUGGCAAGAUAAAGAUAACAAUAACAGUGCUUUAUUUUGUUAUUCUGACUGGAAAUGUUUUUGGGAAAACAUUGCAAUACCAUUUCUUGAUGACAUACUAGGGAGACAUCAUGUAACACAUUUAUUUUCAAGACAAAGUCACAGGGCUCAGUUCAGAUUACUGUGCAGGAUAAGAGGACAGUUUCAUGUAUGUAAGAGUUCAUUGCCGAAAUGUGAAUGUGUGUUUUCGUCUGUGACUGACAAAGCGAAUCGGGGACAAACUUAAGGGUCUGAAUAAAUCAUGUAUGGAUGAUACAGAGAGCAUUUUUUUUUUAAACAUUCUAGUUUAUUACAAUUGCUCCGGUCUCAUGAUGCAUCACAGUGCACUGUUAAACUGACGGCAAUUGGAGAUUUAUAAAGUCUAUUUUUCAAAAAUAGCAUUUUCAACCACUGCUGUAAUAGAUCACAUUAUGUAUUGGUGACUUAUGUACAGUCAGAUUAGUAUAUGACAGCAAGAUGAAAAUAGAAGAAUUAAACUGAUGCAUUUUUCAAUAUGUCAUUACUCCAGACGGGACAGUUCAUGGAAAUUCAUGUUAAAAACAUUAUUCUAUAUGCACCUAGAUUGCUGGAAAUAUUUCAACUUCAUUUGGGCUCUGUUAGAUUAAAGAAUUUUUUUUCCUUAUGUGUUAAUAAUAGUCUCUCAGAUGAUAUUUUAAUUGUUUUCUUUUCAGAAAAAAAGAGCUUUAUUAAUGAGUGAGUUGUUGCUGUUUGUGUGUUUUUCUCUCUUUGUCCCUGGACAGGAAAUGUGCCUGUGACUGCCUAUGAUCAUUUGGGGUCAAUAUUAAGAUAAAGGGAGAAUUUAUGUUGGUUUAUGUGGACAAAAAGGAAAUAUUUUAACAGAAAAUGAGUAGCACAAGGGUCUCUGUUUGUGACUGGGAAUAUAUGUGAACAACCUAAUAAAAAUAAGAUAUUACUCAGACUGUCAUGGUGACACUCUAGCUCAAAGACAACCCUUUGACUUCAGAAUGACUAAUUUAAUUUCAGUAACUCCCUCACAAUGUCAUCAGCUGAAAUUUGCAUAGCCCCCAACAAACCUUGUCUCUCGCUUCCAUUUUCUGAUCACAUUAGUUUGCUCUCCUUGUCCUCCUACCCUUUACCAAAACAUGCACUUUUAUGAAGCCACUAAAUGGCAUUGUCUGCACAAAGACAUGAGAAGGUACUCGAUCAAUAAGAAAGUCAACACCGUCACGGAACUGCUAUUGAUUUGGGAAUGUUUGUAUGCAGAUAGAUGUGGCCCGGCAUGUUGACUCCUGUUUGAGGAUAGUGAUAAAGUGUAAACAUGAAAGCUCUAGAGUGGAAGAGGAAGCUUGACAAAAGUUUGCACUGUUCUCAGGUCAGCAUGUAUUCCUCAACCCAGCCUCUAAUCUCAGAUGCUUGGUUCCUUGCAAAAGUAUUCAUACCUCACGAAUUUUUCCACAUUUGUCACUUUAUAAACACUAUUUUUUUUUCUAUAUAUAUAUUUUUAUGAUAGACCAAAGCAACAAAAACAGAUGUCACAAAUCAUCUAAAAAUUUUGGUUCUCUUCUUUACAAAUAAGAAUAUAAAGUAUAAAGGUUUCCAGUGCCUGUUAGUGACUUCUGUUGUUGGGCCGUUUUUAUGGUGGAAGUUCAGUCAGAUUGGUUGAACAUUGCAACAUGGAGAUUAAAGUCUUGGUACACAUCUUUGUUGAUUUAUAUGUUGAUUGAAUUUGGUCAUUCUAGCACAUGAAAAUACUUUUAUCUCAACCCUACCACUAAAACUUUAACUCUAUAUAUUAUUGUCAUUGUUUUGCUGUUAGGUGACCCUUCAAAUAUUGUUAUACAUUCUUCUUCCUGUUUUGACUGGUUUCUCAAUGCUUGCUCAUAUAAAUCAUCCCCAUGGCAUGAUGCUCCCAUCACCAUCCUUUAUCAGGUGAUUGGUAUGUUCAUGAUGAUGCUCUCUGUCACA